AUCUGUGAUCCCCUUCAUUACAUUGCCCGAAUGAGCAGGAAACACUGUGCUGGGCUUAUAACUGCAGCAUUCACUGUUGGGUUUUUUGACCCUGUUGGCCAUCUUGUUCUUAUAUCUAAACUAUCAUAUUGUGCUUCCCGUCUUAUUAACCAUUUUUUCUGUGAUAUGGCACCUUUGCUACAACUUUCCUGCAGCAGCACUUUUAGUGUGGAACUUUUAAUUUACAUUGAAGCUAUAUUACUGAUUGUUCAUUCCUUCCUCCUUACUCUGACCUCAUACAUAUUUAUCAUCUCUGCUAUCCUGAAAAUACAAUCCUCAGAGGGGAGACAAAAAGCCUUUUCUACCUGUGCUUCUCACCUGGCCUGUGUGAUAACCCUUUAUGGGACAAUUAUUUGCUUGUAUAUGAAACCCACAAAAAGUUAUUCCCUGGAAAGAGACAAGUAUUUCUCACUGCUGUACAUUGCCCUGGGCCCUGUGGCAGAUCUCUUAUUUAAAGUUAUAUCUGGACUGGACAUAAAACGCUUGUUCCUUUUCAACCCACAUUCUAGAGUGUUGAAAUUCUUCAUCAGUUUAAAUUCCCACUACUUCCACUCUUGUUGA